AAGUCUUAGUUCAUCAUGGAUUUAACUUCUCUUUUAAUUCCCCCUUUAUACGAUCACCUUUUUCCUCCAAUCUCUGAUGAAGAUUUCAAAUUAUAUCACACCGUUGAUCGCAGACUUUACGCGAAAUUGAUCAAUCUUCUAGGCCGCGAUCCUUCUGAAUCUAUGAAUGUCAUGGCAUUUCUCCAAUGGCUUGAAGUGGUUGGAAGGAACUUGCGCCUUGUGACGAAGCUUUAUGAUAUUCCUUACCAAUUGCUUAAUGAGGUCGCGGAGGAGGUUGUAGCUUGCCUAAAAUGCACGAAGAUUGAAAACUUCAAUGAAAAUGGUUUUCGCGAGAUAUACUUGAUUCCAAACGUGUUGAACAGGAAAUUCACUCUCAAAUUCAUUCAUGAGAACCGGGCAAGUGUCAUUCGUGGUGUUACGGAUUUCCUUGAGAGGGUUUGCCUUAGGGCUUUCGACGAUAUAGAGCAACAACCAAAUUUUCUUACUAGGGGAAGUUUGGUCCCAACACCAAAUGUUUUAGGGUCUAUGAACAAAGAUUAUGAAAUAGGGAGUAGUAGUGGCAAUUAUAGAAUGGUCAACAACCCAAGUAAUCAUGUCCAAAGUGGUGGUGGUAUUUUUCUAGAGUCUAUGAUACCUAGUGAGAACAAAAUCGAAGAAAUAGGAGGCCUUACUAGUAGUAGAGUAAUGUCAAUUAUCAGCCUUAGCCAUUUCCUUGGUGGUGCAAGUGGUACAUCAAACAUAGAAGAAAUGGGAGGCCUUAAUAGUAGUAGAAUGAUGCCAAUUAUCAACCCUAACCAUUUUCUUGUUGGUGCAAGUGGUACAUCAAACAUAGAAGAAAUGGGAAGCCUUAAUGGUAAUACAAUGAUGUCAAUUAUCGACCCUAACCAUUUCCUUGGUGGUGCAAUUGGUACAUCUAAUAUAGAAGAAAUGGGAAGCCUUAAUGGUAGUAGAAUGAUGUCAAUUAUCAACCCUAACCAUUUCCUUGGUGGUCCAAGCGGUACAUCCAACAUAGAAGAAAUGGGAGGCCGUAACAGUAGUAGAAUGAUGCCAAUUAUCAACCCUAACCAUUUCCUUGGUGGUGCAAGUUCUAUAUCGAACAUCGAAGAGAUAGGAAGCCUUAAUAAUAGUAGAAUGAUGUCAAUUAUCAACCCUGCUAGCCAUGUUUUUGGUGCUGCAAGUGGUGGUACAUCAAACAUAGAAGAAAUAGCUAGGAGGGCUAAUGGAAUGGUGCCAAUGAACCCUACCCAUAAUGUACCAGGUGCCGCAGGUGGUGGGAUUCCUUUAGGUUUGCCUAAUUAUUUUGUUCCAAAUCAAAUGGUACAAUAUAUGCCAACACCUUUUCUUGGAGGAUCAGCCAUGAAUUUGUUGCCACCAACACCUUAUGGAAUUUAUUCUCAUGCUUCUGCAAGUGGAAGUGGAGUUUUUCAUCCUCAAAUGCUACCAGCUGGUCCUCGUAAUUAUCAUCACGACUUUGGUGAUAUUGCACAGGCACACCCGGCUAUGCAUACAGAUCUUGCUGAUUUGUUGAAUAUGAACAACUUGAACAUUCAUGCUGUUGAAGAAGAGAAAGAAGUCUCUCCUGAUGAUAGGACCGUGUUCUUGACUUUCUCCAAGGGCUAUCCAAUUACUGAAGCUGAAGUCAAGGAAUUCUUCACUAGGAAAUUUGGGGAUGAUGUUUUAGCGGUUUACAUGCAAGAGGUUACGGACCCUGAGGAACAAGCACUGUAUGCGCGGCUUGUCUGUCGCUCUCAUGCUGCACUUGAGGAAAUUGUAGAUGGUGGAAGAGCCAAAUACAACAUCAAUGGAAAGCAUGUUUGGGCAAGAAAAUAUGUGAAGAAGACAAAUCCUAAGCUCCACUUUGUUGGACAAACCAGUUCUCCAGUUACAUCCACUUCAGAUUAAUGGGCCAGUCUGGAAAAUUUGGUAUUAGUGAGGGAUGGUGAGGGUUUUAAAAUGGCAAGUUGUUGUUGUUAUAUAACUAGUUUCAUAAAUUUCAGUUUGAUUAUAACUGCUUAAACUUGAUGAUACUUUGCCGCGUAUUCUGGAGUUUGAAUAAAUAUGCAU